CUUAUAAAAAGGGAGGGGUGCUGCUCCGGCUGCCGAACACGUAUCCGAUCAAACAUCCGCCGGCCGUAUCUCUUCUCUCUUCUCUUCGUUCUUCUCUUCGCUCUUCUUUUCGCUGUGGCCAUUGCGCUCCCCUCCCUCACACGUCCUCGGCCCCCUCUUCCCGCAAGGCAGCCCUCCACAUUCCGCAUUCUUCGCACUCUCCAUUCCUCACACCUCUAUUCGAAACAUAGCCCCACGCACGUCCACCCAGCACCGCUCUCUCUCUCUCCCCCUCCCUCCGCCGAUACCCUCUUCAUAGAACCAUGGGCAACUCAGUAUCGACGCUCUCGAGCAGGAAGUCGAGCUCCACCUACGAUCUCUCUUCCCCCUCAAAACCCUCGCUCUUCCAGCGAUCGAAAUCCUCCCUCCAGUUCCGCAAGCGCUCAAAAUCUUCUCUCUCCUUCUCCGACACCUCCAACAACAGCAGCCCCCCCAACAGCGUCCAGAACCAACCCUCCGAUCACUAUCAGCAUCAUCUUCAGCUCCAGGUCGUCCCCGACCGAAAAGGCUCCAUCGAUUCCUCCGAUGGACAUUCAGAUUAUUCCCUCCAGUCCGGUGCUUCAGACGGCACCAACUUUUUAGCUUCGGCGCCCAAACACAAGAACUCGCCUCUGAAUCACCAAAAAGAUAGUUCGACCGUCAGCUCCAGCACCUCCUCCGUCCCAAAUUCGACCCUACCCGAAUGGGCCUACCACAGCCGUCGAUGCGAUGAUGGCCGGACCCGACACGCGGUCGAGAAUGUACCCUACAUGCUCCCGAAUGACCUCACAGAAUCCGACCGUCUCGACGCUCAGCACUAUAUUGUUCGGUUCAUCUUCAAGGGCAACUACAAUGUCGAGCUCGACCGCGAGAAGAACAUCAAGAUUCUGGAUGUGGCCACGGGCACGGGGGUGUGGGCCUUGGAAAUGGCACAUGAAUUCCCAAAUGCGGACGUGUACGGAGUCGAUAUCUCGGCCAUCUUCCCCACAGAGAUCAAGCCGAAGAACUGCCACUUCCAGCUGUGUAAUAUUCUCGAGGGGUUGCCGUUUCCGGAUAACCACUUUGACUUCAUUUACCAGCGCCUGCUCGUCUACGCAUUGUCGCCUGCCCAGCGUAAGCAGGUUAAUGCCGAGCUCCUGCGAGUCCUGAAACCAGAGGGGUACCUCCAACUGGUGGAAUCCGAUGGUAUUGUCUACAACCCUGGCCCAGAGACAGAGAAGAUCAAUCAGCUCUCUCUCGAGACCUCGCUCCGCCAUGGAGUCGACCCACGCGAGGUCCAGCAUAUGAAAUCCGGGCUCAAGCAAGCCGGCUACACUUCAGUGAACUCCUUCAAUAUUGCCCUGCCCGUCGGAAACUGGGGCGGUAAGGCCGGUGAACUCAGUCAGCAGAACAUGCACGGUCUGGCAACGAUUUGGUUGAAGGGCGAGAUCGGAAAAAUGGACCAGGAGAGCUGCGACCGGGUGUUGAAGCUUGCGGACGAGGAGAUUGAGAAGAUGCAGUCGUAUUAUAAGGUCUGGUUGGUCGUUGGACAGAAACCAACUGCUGCAGCAACGCAGCUGAAGGAGGCUAAGAAAGCUAUGCAGGCAGUUGCAGCGGCUGCAGCUGCGAAUAGUGGAUUUACGUCCACGCCAUCCUCUCUGGGUUCGCCGUCUGCAGAGACUCCGCUCCCACUACCACGACCAUCGAUGACAGCCUAAAAACCAUCAUUCCUUGUAUCUUCUUUUUUUGCCCAUGAUACCAUAUUAGUAGAAUAAUCCUUUGGCCCUCGCCUUUUUGUAUUUGUAGCCAUGUAGUCAUCCAUUUUUUUCUUUUUGUCCGACUGUACAUCUCCAUGUAUUUUCUCCGCCCAUGGCUCUCUUGUCAUUGUCAAUAGUGUUAUCGAUAGACUACAUAACUGGAGCGUCAAAAAAAAAAACCAACCA